AUGGAGGUGACUGGAAAUUUGUUCUAUGCAAAUUGUGCCACCACUGAGACAAAAACAAAUGGAGAAUGGUACAUUGACAGUGGCUGCAACAAUCACAUGAUUGGCAAUGUGGAUCUGCUUGUUGAUGUGAGGACAAAUGUGGCUGGGAAAGUGCAAAUGCCAACUGGUGCACUUGUGAAUGUGGUUGGCAUGGGUUCAUUGGUAAUUGAUACAACUAGUGGGAGAAAAUACAUCAAAGAAGUGAUGUAUCUUCCAAGAUUGAGAAAGAAUUUGCUAAGUGUUGGGCAAAUGGAUGAGCAUGGAUAUUUUUUGGUGUUUGGAAAAGGAAUGUGCAAGGUGUUUGAUAGUUCUUCAAUGAAUUGUCUCAUCAUCAAGGUUCCAAUGAAGAAGAACAGGUGUUGUCCUUUAUCUUUUCUAGCUGAGAAUCAACUGCUUAUGAAGGCUAGUAGUACUCAUUGCACAUGGACUUGA